AUGGAAGCCGAAGCCAGUUUCUCAUCAAUUGCUCCGCCGGUGUUUGACAGAGACAACUACCAGAUUUGGGCAGUACGCAUGGAGACAUACUUGGAUGCUUUGGAUCUUUGGGAAGCAGUGGAAGAAGAUUAUGAAAUUCCUGCUCUUCCUCACAAUCCCACCAUGGCGCAGAUCAAAGCACAGAAGGAGAAGAAGACGAAGAAAUCAAAGGCAAAGGCCUGCUUGUUUGCUGCAGUCUCAUCCAACAUCUUCACUUGUAUCAUGUCUCUGAAGUCAGCAAAGGAGAUAUGGGAUUAUCUCAAGACUAAAUACGAAGGAGAUGAAAGGAUCCGAGGGAUGCAAGUGCUGAAUCUGGUACGUGACUUUGAGUUGCAGAAGAUGAAAAAGACUGAAUCCAUCAAAGAGUAUUCUGACAGGUUGCUUAGCAUUGCAAGCCGAGUCAGACUACUCGGCUCUUCUCUGCCAGAAUCAAGGAUUGUUGAAAAAAAAUCCUUGUAA